UAGGCCAUGGCUACACUAGAGAGUUGCAGCGCUGGUGAGGGGGUUACAGAGCUGCAACUUAGGAUGUGGCCACACUUGCAAAGCACGGCCAGCGCUGCAACUUCCUGGUUGCAGCGCUGGCUGUACACCCGGUCGAGCCUCGGGUGUAGCGAUUCCAGCGCUGGUGAUCCAGCGCUGGUCAGCAAGUGUGGACGCCCACCAGCGCUUUUACUGACCUCCGGGGUAUAAGGAGGUAUCCCAGCAUACCUUAGAAGCCUCUCUGGUAAUCAUGCACACUCCACUGCCCUGGGCUCAGCUGACCCCACCUUUAAAUGCCCCAGGAAUUUUAAAAAUCCCCUUCCUGUUUGCUCAGCCAGGUGUGGAGUGCAAUCAAUCAUUCAAUCAAUCAGCGACCACGCCUCCACGCCCCAAACGAGCCCCAGCAUGGAACAAUUCCGAGCUGCAGGACCUCAUCAGUGUUUGGGGUGAGGAAGCUGUGCAAGCACAGCUGCGCUCCAGAAGGAGAAAUUAUGAUACCUAUGGGCAGAUAUCGCAGUCCUUGCUGAGAAGGGGCCAUGAACGGGACGCGUUGCAGUGCAGGGUCAAAAUUAAAGAGCUGAGGAGUGCUUACUGCAAAGCCCGUGAGGGAAAUCGCCGCUUAGGAGCUGCCCCCACAACCUGCCAUUUUUACAAGGAGCUGGAUGCCAUACUUGGGUGUGACCCCACUGCCAAUCCGAGGACCACGAUGGAGAGUUCAGAGCAGGGAGAAGUGGGGGAGGGUGUAGAGGAAGCCGACAGUGAGGCUACUGGCAUGGAGGGAGACACCCCGGAGUCCCAGGAGGCAUGCAGCCAGGAGCUCUUCUCAAGCCAGGAGGAGGCUAGCCAGUCGCAGCAGCUGGAAGUUGCUGGUGAGGAAGAAACUGAGGAGCGUGCUCGGGUGACCUUGACUAAUGCAGCUGGAUCACCGGCCUCAUGUCGAUUGCAGAACUUGAGAAAAAAUCCGCGAAAAUCAAAAGAAGAAUUGAUCAAAGCAGUUAUGAUUCACUACAACAGAGAAAGUAGGAAGACGCAGGAAUGGAGAGAGAAAAUGUAUGAGUGGAGGCAAACAGAAAGCAGAAGAAAGGAAUUGGCUACCAAAAAAAACUCAAAGCAGAUGAUAAGCCUCCUGGCUCGCCAAACUGAGUCUUUCGAGUCUCUCGUAGCUAUGCAGGCAGAUCUGUACCGUGGUAACCCACACCCCUCCCAAAGCUCUCUUUCUUGUUCCCCAGUAUUUGCACAAAAUACCUUUCUCCAGCAGCCAGUUUCUUAUUACCCCCAGCUGCCCCCAACACCUGUACGAUCACCUACCAGCCCUGAUAACUACAAUUCUUACCCUGUGCACUCCACCCCCAUUACCCUGCAGCAUAGUAAUCCUGAAGUGCAGCAGACAUUGAACAGUAAUCCAAACAGGACAUAUUCAAACCUCUGAAUGUACAGUCCACCACCCUAACCCCCCUGGC